AUGGAAUGCCCACAUAUUUUCACUGACGAAAUUAAGGUUCCUUCCGCCAAUACUUCAAUUUAUAAGGAGGAGUGCACCCUCUGUUUCGAUUCACAGGACAUGUCACCCGGGAUAGAAGUUUGUUUGACUUGUUUCAACGCUGGUUGCAACAACUCUGAAAGAAAUCAUGCUCGGAUCCAUCACGAGAAAUCAAAUCAUCCUCUGGUGCUAAAUAUCCUUCGCUUGACAAAGGAUAAACCUAAGAGGAUCGACGAUAAUGAAGAGCCGCCCCAGAAAAUCAGCAAACUCGCAAUUAUCCCAGAAUCUGAUGAGGAGAAAUAUGAGUACAUCACUAGGGUCAAGUGUUAUGCAUGUGACAAAGAAGUAGAAAAGACGUCCGGAAACUUACCUCAAGUGAUCGAUGCAGUGAUGACGUCCGUGUCAGCUGCAAGAAGAUCUGAAAUUAAAGCAUGGGAGGAGGAAAUCACAGAGUGUACUCAUACCAAAAAUUUGUUGCAGGAUCCUCCCAAAAAUUUGGAAUCAAAAGCCUGCAAUGGUUGUGAAUUGAAAGAAAAUCUUUGGUUAUGUUUAACUUGUGGGAAUAUUGGGUGUGGACGUCAACAAUAUGGUGGGGUUGGUGGAAAUGGGCAUGGUUUAGCCCAUUACGAACAAACAAAACAUCCAGUAAGCUGCAAGCUGGGCACCAUUACUCCUGAGGGAACAGCAGAUAUAUAUUGUUAUGUGUGUAAUGAUUCAAAAUUGGACCCUUUCUUGGGAAAACACCUGGCCAAUUUUGGAAUUAUGGUCGAAUCUCAACAAAAAACAGAAAAAAAUAUGACUGAACUCCAAAUUGAACACAACCUCAAAUAUGACUUCAGCAUGGUUACUGAGGACGGCAAAGAAUUGGAACCUCUAUUUGGACCUGGUUAUACCGGGAUUAAAAAUUUAGGUAACAGUUGUUACAUGGCUUCCGUUUUACAAUCUGUAUUUGCUUUGGAUGCUUUUCAGAAAAGAUAUUUUCCGACUGCUUUUGAUCACCAAAUGCACUGUUUGCAAGAACCGACAAGUUGCAUUCAGUGUCAAUUAUCGAAGGUUGCUGAUGGUUUAUUGAGCGGUCGUUACUCACAACCUAUUCAAUCAACUGAUGCCGAAAACACAAAAAGCGGUCAAGAAGGUAUAGCCCCCACUAUGCUUAAAGCUCUUAUCGGAAAAGGUCAUCAAGAAUUUUCCACGAUGAGACAACAGGACGCUUUCGAAUUUUUUCAACAUCUCAUUACAACAAUUGAACGCAAAGAACACAACAAUCUGGAUAAUGAUCCUACGAACGUUUUUAAAUUUACGGCCCAACAACGCCUUCAAUGUUUGGAAUGUAGACGUGUAAGAUAUCGAGACAACACUGAAUCAUACAUUUCUAUUCCUGUUCCAGCAAAAAAGAUUAAAACAAAUGAUGAUGGCAAAGAUGAAUACGAAUCUGUUACUUUUGAACAAUGUCUGCAAUUUUUUGCCGCGGACUCGACAAUCGAAUACCUAUGCCCGGCUUGCAACCGAAAAACCAAUGCCACGACGUCCACAAGGUUUGUGACAUUUCCCGAGGUUCUCUUCGUUCAUACACGAAGAUUUGAGUUUGACAAUUGGGUCCCUCGUAAAAUAGGUGUUCCUAUUUUUUUUGACAAAGAUCUUGUUAGUCUUGACAAUUACAUCGCUCACGGAAAGCAGGAAAAUGAAGAACUUCUUCCGGAAGAAUCAAAUGUUGGUUCUGUGCCACUAUAUGAUCAGUCUACCUUGGAUCAACUGUUGUCAAUGGGAUUUCCGGAAAAUCGAUGUAAGAGGGCGUUGGCUUCUACUGGAAAUAAUGAUGUAGACGCGGCAGUGGGAUGGAUAUUUGAACAUAUGGAUGAUGCCGAUAUAGAUUCCCCUAUUACAGGAUCUGGUACACAAGAACCAUCUGAAAGUGAUAUCAUUCAACUUAUGGAUAUGGGAUUUCAACAAUCAAAAGUCAAGAAGGCCCUAGCAGAAACUGUUGCUGUGGAAUGGUUAUUUAAUCAUCCUGAGGAAGUGGAUGAACAAGAAAAUAUAGACAACAAUUUUACAUUUGGAGUUUCUACAUUACCCGCCGAAUAUCAGUUACAUAGUGUCAUAUCCCAUAAAGGAACAUCUGUACAUUGUGGCCAUUAUGUUGUCCAUGUGCUUAAGGAUCAAGGAUGGAUUUUGUUCAACGAUAACAAGGUCGUAUGUGCAUCUCAGCCGCCUCCUGAAGAAUCUUACAUCUUUGUCUUGAGAAGGAUACGUUCAUAA